AUGAAAUACACAGUGAAUAGGAACAACGUGACAGAGUUUGUGCUGUUGGGACUGACAGAGAAUCCCCAAAUACAGAAACUCCUUUUUGUAGUGUUUUUUGUUAUCUACUUCAUUACUUUAGUAGGAAAUUUGCUUAUCAUGGUCACCAUCCUUGCAAGCUCCUUAUUGGGCAUUCCUAUGUACUAUUUCCUGGCCAAUUUGUCUUUCAUCGAUACCUGUUAUUCCUCUGUUGACACUCCUAAACUGCUUGCAGACUCAUUCCGUGAAAUGAAGACCAUUCCCUUCAAUGAGUGCAUCAUCCAGAUCUUAGGGGAACAUUUCUUCGGAGGUGCUGAGGUCAUCCUGCUCACUGUGAUGGCCUAUGACCGCUAUGUGGCCAUCUGCAAGCCCUUGCACUAUAUGACGAUCAUGAACAGGCAGAUGUGUGGCUUACUAGUGGGAGUGUCAUGGAUGGGAGGCUUUCUUCACGGAAUCAUCCAGAUCUUCUUCAUCUUCAGGCUACCCUUCUGUGGUCCUAAUGUCAUAGAUCACUUCAUGUGUGAUCUGAAUCCUUUGCUCAAUCUUGUCUGCAUGGAUACCAGCACCCUAGGGCUUUUUGUUGCUGCCAACAGUGGAUUUAUCUGUGUGCUUAACUUUGUCCUCUUGAUGGCCUCCUAUGUGGUCAUUCUGCGUUCCUUAAGAACCAAAAGCUUAGAGGCGAGACGCAAAGCCCUCUCCACCUGUAUCUCCCACAUCACCGUGGUGGUCUUAUUCUUUGCACCCUGCAUAUUUGUGUACAUGAGACCUGCAGUUACUUUAUCCAUGGAUAAAGCAGUUGCUGUGUUCUACAUUGUGAUAACUCCUAUGUUAAAUCCUUUAAUCUACACCUUGAGAAAUACCCAGAUGAAGAAUGCUAUUAGAAAAUUGUUUACUAGGAAAUUUAUUUUAAAUGAAUAA